GUACGUGCAGUGGUUGAUGCUGGGUAUUUACACAAGCUCGCUGAUUUGGCUGCUAUUCCGAGCUACUGGAACCAUUUCUUACAAGAUUACCCUGGCCAUCCUAUUGAAAAUUCCGAGCGAUGAAGCACAAUGUGCCAAUGCAUCCUGGAUGUAUGUCACGUGGACGUGCGAUAUAUCCCCCCACUUGACUGACAGCGCCGCUUCCCGUAUGCUCAUCGCUGUAGUCCCAGCCGAUCGGUACAUCCUGGAUCCCGCCACGGGCAUUAACCUCACCCUGCAGACACUGUACUUGCAUAUUGCCAAGAGCUGCAACAAGCUGUCGCAGGAAGGUGUCAAGAUUUCAGACCCUGUAACCCAUCAGACGGUCAUGGAUGUGCGAGCAUAUGUCACUGGGUUCAGGGGCGACUGGAAGGCUCUGAAGCAAACCUUCAAUUUUACUCGGUAUGCAGAUCAGGAUGCAGCCACUUUGUUACAUUGCUCUAGGCUUUCGCCAAGCUAUACGCUGCUGGAUGGUUUUCAUGUUGGCUUUAUCCAGGCUGGGCUGUGCUUUAAUGGUGCGACACAGGAUAUUCGGCUCAAGAAUGCAAGGUGUAUGCCCGAGCUUCGUUCCGGAGGUUACGACACCUAUGUAGUUGGGCGAUGGUUGGUGGACGAUGUGCUUUGGAAUCACAGUGCCGAGCUCCCAGCAGACCUCUGCACUGCCCUUUGGUCGUCCAAUCAGUUUCUUUCGAUCAUGGCCAAUGGUGGCCGGUGGCUGCUUAGAGAUGAACAGAACAACAAAGAGAUAUUCGGAGCCUUGUUUAUGCAGUCAUACAUUCGAUUGGCCCGGCAAAGCAUUGCAGACCGAAGCCGGCUCUACAGGAUGAGGCCUAAGCUUCACAUUUUGCAUCACAUUCUGAUGUUUUCACCGCCUUCCCGGCUGAACAACCAUGCUUAUGCAACCUGGAUGGACGAGGAUUUCUUGCGUAAGGCCAUGAAGGUUCACGCUAACACAGAUCCGCGAGGAAUCCAGCAGCACACGGUGAAGGGGUCAUCUUACACAUCGCGCAUCCUGCUCUACGUGCUCCCCCACAACCUUUAUAAAGGGAAGAAGAACAGGCUCUGGGAUCUUGUCAUGGACACUGUGACGCGAGAUAUGGAGCAGCUUUUUCAUCGUGGUGUGCAAGUGGAUGGAGCCACCUUUUACCCCGUGCUCAUCGCCGCAAAGGGUGAUUCACCCGCACUGAUUAAGCUUUUCAAGCUGGGCCGCUCUUUUACUCGUUGGGAGGGCAAGGCAGGGGUCUGUCCGUACUGUUUAGCAGGCCAACCAGGGAUUCCCUGGGAAGACCUCACAAAAACAGCAGCGUGGCGGUCUACCCGGUACACUACAAGGCCAUGGUCCCGGCAACACCCACCCAGCAUUGCAUCUGUGCCGUUUUCAGAUGUUCCAGAGAGGUGCAUAAGGCCAGACCUCAUGCACAUGGUGAAGUUGGGGAUCGGGCGGCAUUUUCUAGCCUCGGCCAUUGUUUGCUUGGGGGAGUGGAGCAUCUUUGAUGACGGGAACAAGAUUCUCAGUGUGGAAGGUCUACUCGACACUGUACAUCAAGACUUCGAGUACUGCUGUAAGCAUGAACUCAAGCAGACCGCCAACUUGAAGCAGUUCACAAAGGACCUGCUGCACUGGCCACGACGGUCAUCCUACCCAUGGGGCGGAUGGAAGGCCUCUGAUACGAUGAUUCUCCUUCGCUGGCUGUUGAAGCUAGUCACGACUGGCCCUGUUCUACGUGAUGCUUCAGGCCGCACUGGGGUUUCCUUGCAGGCGCAUUUUGCCGCCGAUGCCACCAAACAGUUGGUCUGCUGUGCAUUGCAAGAUGGCGCUUCGGCUCUUCUGCGCAUGUUUCAGAUUCUUUACAAGACUGAUGUUUGGUUGGAUAGAGAGGCCGCUACAGCUGUAGCUGAUGCCAUUGAUCUCUUUGCCAAUGUGUAUUGCUGUCUCGCGGGCAUCUUUCAUCGAGAAGUGAAGCAGUCAAGGUUCCACAUGGAGCCCACGCUCCAUCAUUUUGCACAUGUGUCUGAGCGUAUGCGAGAAGUGUUGGCGACUGGUGCUAACAAAGUUUUGUCCCCUGCAUGUUUUCUGUGCGAGCAAUCGGAGGACUUCGUCGGCCGCAUAAGCCGGCUGGCGAGACGAUGCGCUGCCCGCACAUGCGGGCAGCGAACCCUACAGCGCUAUUUGAUCAAGGUCUGUUUGGAGUGGGAACGCGCGUGA